AUGGCCAUGAUCCGUCUCCCCCCAACCCAAAUCGUCCCAAGUCGCGACGAUAUCCAUGCCCACAUCGAGCAGAUCUUCGAUCGCCUGUACGAACGGCUCCGUGCACUCGAACCAGAAUGCUACGACGACGAUUUCGGUGACGACCUAGCAUCCCUCAUCGACGCAGAUAUCUCCUCGUCGUUCCGAUCGAGUCCAGCUGCUGACGAGGACUAUGACUCGGAAGCGAGCUCUGCAUUCGAUCCGGACUACGAGUACAAACGUUAUCCAUCUUCACAACUCGAAGACUAUGGGAUAGACGAUGGGAUUUUUCUGUCGGAUCCUGGGGUCAUCGAGCGUCCUCCUAGAAGCGAGAUCUCUGACACGACAGACGAGGGCUCGUAUGAAUAUGGCUCGUAUGAAACGGCUAUGGAGUCGGGCGUUGAUAUGCAGGAGGAUGGCCUGGGCUCGAGUUUGCCAUCUAGUCGCAUGAACUAUGGAGUGUUGACCAGGGCUCCUCAUCAUUCACUGGAGGGUCAUCGUCGAUCCUUUGGAAAACGUGUGGCAUCAGGAACUUAUCGGCAUCAUGAAAGAAUGCAUUCACUGUUUCCGAUUCGCCAUCUCAAUCCUAGGCUUUUGUUUGCCUUUCCUCAAUACUCGACCCAGUUUCCUGAAAUACAGGUUGUUUUUUCUUUCUUCACUCUUUCAUAUAUCGUUUCUCUCACUGACUCAAAACAGCAGGACGUGUUGUCUCUGAGAUCUUUAUUCGGAGGCCUUUCCUUGAAUACCUUGCCAGGACUCGAUCAUUUUCGCUUGGGAACAAUGGGAAAAGAAAACCAACCACCUCAGCCUUCAGGCAAAGAAAAGACCUCGAAACUCGAUCGUGAUUUAGACUCGAAGCUCGUAUCUUUCAACGAAGCGAAGACUCGAUCAGUACAAUUCGCCCAUCCAAUCCAUCAAAGUUCCCCCAAUCCUCGAGACAACAAGAUGCCUGGAUUGAUUCAAGAUGAACGAAAUAUGCCCCAGCCUGACGUCCAUAUGAGCGAUGCCCCCGAGCCUAAUGCCACUGAGAGCGGAAGUAACAAUACCUCGCGUGUCUCGGGCACGGUCUCUCAGAACAGAGGCAAGAGAACCCGCGCAUCUGCAGGCUCCCGCAUAUCUGCAGCUUCAGGCGACACCAAGCCUAAAAGACGCAGCAGCCAGGUACCCUCUGAGGGUGAAACGUUGAGCUCUAGCAGCAAGCGAGGCGCACAUGCCACCGGAGCCGCCAGCAAUCAAAUGGGAAGGAUGGUGUCUCAGUGGACAGAGCUAUCUCGUCCAGCUACCAGACGUACCAGUUGGCACCCCAUCAACGCACCGCAGGGCCAGAAAGGAAGACGACAGUCCGCAAACAGGGGCCGAGCCAACUCGACAGGCCAAAGCACGAGUCGCACGACAAACACUGCACAAACCCUCACGUCCAGCUCACGUCCUGCCAGUAUCCAAGGCUCGGCGCUAUUAGCCUCGAACAAUGUUCAACGUCCGGCUACGAGCACCCACACCACUCCAACUACUCAGACCCAGCCCUCCACUGCACAGUCCACCACAACCGCAACUGCGCCUGCGCCUGCGCCUGCAGGAAUCAACAUGCCGCCCCAGACGGCCCUCGACCCUGAAAAGUGGAAGCAUAUGAUGGAGAUGUCUCAGGUGUACCGAGAGCAUGUCAGCCAUAUGCUAACGGAUUUGGGAAAUGACGAGGAUAAUGCGAAUGGAUUUGGAUUGGGUGAGUUGCGUCGGAGGCCAUUGGGUGAUAUGUUUGAUUGAUUUUUUGCGUUUGGUUUUCUCUUUCGGUGUUACUGAUUUUUUUUUUUUU